AAUCUUGUGGUAAUAUAUGGCAAAUUUUUCUAAACAUUUUCAAAAAGAAACAUAAAACAAGUGAAAAAUGUGCAACAUUUUAAAAUUUUUUUUACUUAACAAUCAAACGUUCUCUGAAGCUAAAAACACAUAUCAUUUUAUAGCUAAGGUGUUUAUCUGUAGAAUGGCAUAUCUCUCAGCUCUAUUGAACAUUUCUAUGAAAAGCUGUGCUUUUUUCAAAAUAUGGUACUUUUCGCUACUAUUAAAAUAAAAUGCGUAUAACUCUUGAAGGAUUGAACGAGAGUACGAAUGAUUUUUAGAUUCGUAAUCAGCAUUCUUAAAUUAGCAAAGUGGGGUACAUUGUUUUGAAAUCCCAGGGAAACACCUUGGGACCUUCCCUCGUGAGUUUUUCCAACGCAACAGAAAUGCACAAAAUAAGAGACUUUUGCACCAGUCUACAUAUUAAGCCAGAGAUCAAUACUUUUCUAUAUGAAUGACUAUGCUGCAAACAAAGAAUCCGCUUUGUUUUCUUCACUUUAGAUAUGACAUCAUUCGCAAGUGCAUUUUCAACCGAUCAAAAAAUCACAAAUGGAAACUCCAUUGAAUCAUCGGAUAAUAUGGAUAAUAAUAAUUUUCUAAAUGCAACAGUUCCUAAUACUUCUACAACAUCACUUGGCACAUUCUCUAGUAUAGAUUUAGAUCAACCAAAACAUAGUUAUAUAAGUUUAAGUGAUGCAUCAGUAUUUAAUAAUUCUCGACAACAACCACCUCAAUCUCAACAUUCACCAUUGAGCACACGUCAUACAAACGAUUUGGCUACCAGCGCUAGUUUCUCAACCUCAACGUCAACGAUUGUUGAUCGCAGAAUCUCAACACCAGAUGCUACAAAAUUAUUAUCACGUAUUGAUUCAGUUAAACGAUGGGGAUUGAGCACGUAUAAAUGUACGAAACAAUCGAUGCUAGAAAAAUUUGGUAAAUCAACAAGAACGGUUGAUUCAGAACUUGAAACACAAAUUGAACAAUUAAAAGAAACAAAACGACGUUAUGAAAACAUGUUGAUAUUAGCAAGAGCAUGGCAAAAUCAUUUUGCACAAUUAAUGCACACACAAAGGGCGUUAGGCGAUACAUUUAGUGAGCUUCAACAGCGAUCGAUCGAUUUGUGCGAUGAAUUUAGUUACAACGCUGAAACUCAGCGUUUAAUCGCUAAAAAUGGUGAUUCUUUGUUAUCAGCUAUUAGUUAUUUUAUUUCAACGUUGAACACUUUAUGCACAAAAACAAUGGAAGAUACGAUGAAUACAAUUCGACUCUAUGAAUCUACAAGAAUUGAAUAUGACGCCUAUCGAAACGAUUAUGACCUAUUGCAAAAGGAUCACAGAACUGAUUCGACUGUAAAUGACUUGUCUGAAAUACAGCGUGAUUAUCAGCUUCAGAAGGAACGAUAUGAAAAGCUGAAAUCAGAUGUUGGUGUCAAACUCAAGUUUUUGGAAGAAAAUCGGGUAUGUUACACGAUGCGUUUUGUAAUUACAUAUAAAAAAAACUUCUCGACCAAAGACCAUUUCUACGCUACACGAGUUGCAAGACGGACUGUCUAAUGUUUGAUUGAAUGAUACUAACCUUGCAUUCAACCAAAUAUUAGCCAGCUCCUCUAAGUCAUGUAGUGUAGACAUGCUCAAACUCACCACUUUCUGUCUCUUCAAAUAAGUGAUGCAUCGGCAUUUAUUUUGUCUGUUCACUCCUGUUGCUAUCCUUCCAUCUCGGCAGUUGGUUAUCAUGCUAUAGCGUGAUUCUACGAUAUUCACUAAUGUCCACCUGUAAAGAUAUUCGAAAAUAAAGGGUUAUACGGCUUGUCCAGCUAACUCGAGAUUUCAUUGAUUAAGUUUUUUUUUGAAAAAAUUAUUGUAGAGUAGAACUGAAAGGAGUAUAUCACUAGAUGCAGUUUUUGGCGCUGAUUACGAAUCUCACGUUAGUUUUUGAAAAAAGUUAAAUUUUUGCAUCAAAAAUUCAGUUUUACAUUUUUUGAAAACUGUAUUUUCAAUUUCCUCACCUAGACACUUUUCAUAAUAAAAAUAGUAGGCCACACUAAUCGAUAGAGAAUUCGAUUCUCUACAAGAUGGUAUGUUUCUUUUGAAGUUUAGGCUCAACACAAGCUUUUUAAUAAAGUUUUAAGUUUUAAGAUUCCCACACAAUUCUAAGAAAACAUUUUUUCAGCUUCAUUUUCACCUUAGUCUAUAUUAGAUGCCUAAAACUAAGUCUGAUGUGAAAAUGAAAUCCUUUGUGCAAUGUUUAGUGCUCCAAACUUUGUAGGUAAAAAAAGGGUGUCACAGUGUCACGACGAUAAAACACAAUUAUUGAGGGAUGGAAAGAUUCUUUUUUGACAAUCAAUAGCUCGUUUGCUCCUCUAUAAACUUUGCUCGAGGCGCUUUUUAUUAGUUCUUCUAAAUUUGCGGCAAAUUAGCUGUUAAUGAGAAG